AAGAUGGCGACAGUGCAUCCUGCUGCCGCCAACAGAGGCGCAGGCCUGCUGACAGCGGCAGUAACGACCUAUGGUAACGACCCCUGGCUGUCUGUUGGAAACACCUUCAGUCACUACAACAAUCCCAGCGAAGUGUUUGAUGCCCCAUCUUUUACCAUUCAGCCAACCUAUCCAGACGCUUGAAGAAGGGCUUGUUUAAGGGCUGAAAGCUCAAACUCUGUGAGGGUGUAUCCCGAUGGAUCAUGGUGGCCAACUUGAGAGGGAGGACAGAGUAAUGUCAAAAGUUCAGGUGGGCGGGGUUGACCUCUGUGAUAACCUUUCUAAACCUGAAGAUCUCACUGCCCAAACUCAAAAUCUCAACGAGACAAGCACGCUCGCACAGAAACAAAGUCUCUGUCCCUCACGAAGCGAAGAAGGAGGAGAGAUCAUCCAAAAAGCCUCUGUCAACAACAAUGGGAAGGACAUGGAAGAGGAGCAGGGACAGGCGGGAUACACAGGAAGAGGCAGAGAGGAUGAGGAAGAAGACAUUGAUGAGGUGAUGAAGGACGAGGAAGAGGAGGAGGAAUCAAGCUGUCUAAUUCGCUGCCAGUCUCCAGACACUCCCAUGACUGAUUCCUCCUAUUCAGACACCGGCAGUCUGCUGGAGACUCUGUAUCCCUUCAGCCCGGGGACGAGUCCGGAGCCUACAUCCCCUCUCCUUCCAGUCAGUCAGGAAACUGCAUAUCCCACCAGUCAAGUGGAACUGAGCCAGAGCGAUGUCAAAGUGGACUCCCAUAACACUGAAUCAGUUGCCUCCACCAUAGGGCCCAUUACCCAGGCACCCACCUUCACCACGGGGCCUAAAGGUUCUACUACACCAACUUUAACCUCAGACACCUGCUCACCUGGUAUCACAGAAGAUGCAGACAGGAUAGCAAAAAACUUCCCUACAGAAUAUCUUACCUCAGAGACAUUUCCACUAACUGCUUGCACCACAAGGCUCAACACUUCCAUUGCUUCCACUCCUCUAAAUGCAAAAAUAGGACCCCUUACCUUCACCACGGGGCCUACAACUGCAGGUACAGAAUCCACUACUACCCCAGGACCUAUAAACUCAAAUUGGGAACACAUUACCUUCACUCCAGUGCCCACUUGUUUCUCAGUCUCCACCUGUGCCACAGGGCCUAUUCCAAACCCUGCACUGCUGGAGUCUCUGGAGGACUUGGCACAAAGAGGAGAUGACACCCACCUUCCACAGUACCUUCACCAGAUUGCCGAGACCUUUGUCCUUAACGAAGACUACCAGCGGGCACUAUGGUGCAUCCAACUAGAGAGACUCUAUCACCAGAGAGUAUUGGAUAACCUGAAUGCGCUGCAAGAACAGUGGGAGAGUCAGUGUAGAAGUUCUUCCUCCGACCUGGCAACCCAACAUCUGGACACUCUGAAGAACAUCUGCCAGACGCACAGUCGACCGGGAGCUAGAGAUGCUGCGUGUGCAUCUCUGGAUCCUUUGAGGCCUACAUUUGAUUCAUGUACCUCAGCCCAUCAGGUUGAUGAAGGGAUAGAGCAGGCAGCCAAAGACUCCUCCCCCUCUCAGAGCAGCCAUCCAGUCAUACCCUCCAUUAAUUUGACUGAUGGGCUCAAUCCCCCUGAGAUCUCAGAAUCGGAGAGGGAAGACCUAGGCAGGGAAGUAUAGUUUCCAUGAAGAUCAGCUGACUGACGAGCAGAGCGGCGACAAAGAGGCAAACGAGGCAGAAGGAGGGGUAGAAAACAACAUUUCCAUCGUAGGACAUGGACUACACCCCUCUACAGCUGGAGAAAUGGAUCAGUCCAAGCCCGCAGAGCAGCAGGGAGGAGAUUUAGGUCCCGCACAGGAAAAGGAGGCAGAGAGGGACGAAGAGGAGAGGGACCUGGAGGAGGCAGCCAAGGCUUUGGAGAUGGAAGAUGAGGGAGAGGAGGAGGAGAGGCAGAAGGAAAGAGACUGUCCUCCAUGUCAGAAAUCGCUCCCAGUGGAGACUCUUGUCAGUGGGGCAGAGCUGGAGGUACAACAGCUGCACCAGGGAGCUCUAGCUGAGGAGAAGCUGCAUGAGGACACCCCGGAGAGCGCUAAAACCUGCCUGCACCAGGAGGCCUACCUCCCUCAAGAGGCUCACAUGGAGGAGGAGGAAGAGGAGGAGGAGGAGGAGGAGGUGGUGGAGGUGGAAGAGGAGAGGAGUACGAGUACGAGUACGAAGUAGAGCAAGUUGACAUCAUCAGAGAAGCUGCCUCACUGGACAACAUGGCUAAACUCAUCACUGUUCAGGAGGUGUCUCCUGCCUCUGGCCUGGUCUCCAUAUUGAAGAAGCGGCGUGUUUGUCUGGACAACGUGAGUGUUUCCGCCAGCUCAGAACUCCAACCUGACCCGGCCAAAAGACGCGUCCGCUUCAAAGUCCCUGAUGACGGAUAUGAGCAAGAUGUUGGCGGUGGAGACUCCUGCCUGCUUCUCUUCCUUCUUUGUCUGGUUACCGUAGUGAUCAGUAUGGGGGGCACCGCCCUUUACUGUGCUCUGGGCGACGCCCACUCCUCAGUCUGUCAGGACUUCUCCAGAAAUGCAGACUUCUACUUCGCCCAAAUACAGACCGGGAUAGCUCAAAUCCAACAGUGGUUUGCUCCCGGGUCAUAGCAGCAAACAGUUUGUCAACGUUAAGGAGCCACUGGCCUUACUGUUUAUCACUGAGGGCUCCAGCAGCCCCUGCUACUUCCUGGGACAAUGUUUUACGAGGUAACGGUGCCAGGCAGCUGCUACUGUCCCCUCCGCUAUGUGGAGCAAGCUGCCUAAUUGGCUAACAUUACAUCAGAUACUGUUGGCAUUUGUAAGCCUGCUCUGCUGCAUUUUUAAUACUCUUUAAAUACAAUCCCAGGGUUCAUUGAGCCUAAAAGUCACAGGUCAGAUGUCCCUUUACAACAGUGGUUUAAAAGGGAAAGUAGAGCACAGGGAGAAAGAGGAUCACUGGAGAAUGAAGAGUGCAGAACAGAAGAGGAAGAACUGACCUCCACCCCUCUCAAUGCUGCCCAGAUUAAAUAGGUUACGCAUUCUCGAGCUGACUUCAGAAUUUUAUAAUGUGACUCAAGUGUCCUAUUGAACCAGCUGAGAGCUGUCUCCGCUCGCACGUGCACCGUCAGCCAGUGACACUUAGGUUUCAAAAGUCAAUCAACCAUGACUGGAUACAAACGUUCUCCGAGACUCGACUCCCUCAGUUAAGAAUAACAACAAAUAAAUAACAUUUGCAACCCACGGAGAUGUAAACAAAAAAUAAGUAUGUAUAGUUUGUUAAGUGGGGUGCACAGAGACGCUCUCCACACACACACACACACACACACACUGCACAAAUGGGAAGUUGGCCCAAUGGGCAUUUUCCAAGCAGCUGCAACCACGAGUGUUGCUUUUAUUGUUGACUUUUUUAAAUCACAAAUGAAAUUUUAGAAUGAACAUACCAUUUUGUGGUCUACUUCUUGGAAUGAAAUCGUUAUGUCUUAAUCAAUUGGAAAGAAUGUUUGGAUUUUUAAUGUUUAACUUUGCUUUGUGUCACCUUGUGGGGCAUUUAUGUGUUGUUCACAUCGGACACGAGUGUCCUGUCGCUGCCCUUUUCUGUAUUGAACUUUGUUCAGUGAGCUGACAUGGCUGCCGCUGGAGACUUAAAGUCCAAACUGUCCGUUUAUGGGUUUUUAACGAGCUAGAGUUAGCUUUGUGUAGCAUAUGCAACAUGCACAGGAACACAGUGCACCUCUGUAAAUAUUGUCAGAAGAAUGUUUAACAUGUUGCACAUAAUACUGGUACGAUUUUAAAAAAAAAGAUAUUGCAAUAUUUCUACAGGAACUGUUGUGUUGUUCCUGAGCUUGAUGUAGGCUUUACAGAUGUAAUCAGAAACAAAACAAUAUCCACAUCCAUAAACUGUUUUCAGGUUCAGUGUGAAGAAUUGAUGCCAGUGAUCAGUUAUCGCUCAGAUAACUUGAACAGAAAACACUCAACUCUUAAGCGGGUCUGGCUAGGUAUGGAAUAUUUCUGUAUUGAAAUGUGUAUGAAACAAUAAUUAUUCAGUGUACUCUAUCAGUACCGGCCUGGAUGUCGAUGGGAUCAUUUGAAGCUCUGUCUGCCUGUGUGUUUGCUCUUCUUAGGGAUUAUGGGCAUCACCCUCAAUGUGUGAUUGACAUGUUUACUAUUCAUUUUUACUAUUCAAGUUCUUUACAAGCUUUUAUUCACACACCAGUGAUUUAACUCUUAUUUCUAAUCAUUUUAAGGCAAUCUUUAUUUCCUGCUUAAUCUCACUUUUUGCCUAAUUGUUUCCUCUGUGUGUCAUUUCAGCAUGUUGCAAUAUGUGGUGUCCUGUUGGUUGUCUUUCCUUUGCCUGCGGUGUGAUAGUGGAUGCCAUGAAAACUGCCCUAGAAAACCCACAUGUCUCUCAAACGUCUUAAUUGUCAGGAUGUAAAGAAAAAAAUCCUCCAUCAAAGAGAUUCAAGUGUCUUACUAAUGCAUUUAUAACAGUUAACCGUAUUCUUUCUCUCCUGGUGUGUCACUCUCAAAAACCUGAACAUGAGUUUGAGAUGUGAGGUUUUCCUCGGGACGGUGGGAGUAGAUAGAUUCUUGUUUUUAUUUGCACAUGUCGUCUGGCUGGUUCAGGUGACCAUCACUCAGAAAACCUCUUAUUUAAUCUUGUAGAUGAUUUUAAUUAUUUAUAAUACGGGAUGUCAAAUGUAGGUGGUUGUUUUCUUGCUUGAUUAUUUCCAUCAUACAUCAAUAAGGGUUUCAUCUCUUGUAUCACCAUUGUUCUUAAGGAGGCUUUGACAGAAUUACAUUUUCUAUUUUAUAACUUAACUCUUCUGAAUACCAUUAUCUGGGUUGUUUAUUUUCAUAAAUGUUCCUGAAGAUGAUUUUAAACUGGUGAGUCGUCUGCUGCCAUCAUCAUCAUCAUCAUCAUCAUCUUCUUCUUCACAGAUUGCUAAAAGAUUCAAGUUUCUUCCAUCUGUAAGCAUUAAAUAUAUUUUCAUUUGUUUUACCUAAUUGGUUUUUAACAGAACAUUCGGAAAUGAAUGAAAAGUCAUGUUUUGUGUGUAUGAAUCAGUACUGUGUACCACUGUUAUCAGCCUGAAGAAAAGCGUUUUACGAUUCGUUUGAUGAACUUUCACUUUCUUACGGAUUGUAAUGAGAUAUUUUUUUGUUGUUAAAAAAAAACAAAAACACUUCUUCCCCGUUAUGUCUCCUGUUAAAGCCAUUGAAAAAGG